AUGACAAAUAAGAUUUACACAGAAUUAUGGAUUAUGACUUUAAAUAAUGUUAAAUCAACUCAAGAUUUAUAUUCAUCAUUAUUAGUUAAUCGAAUCUGGUGUAAAGUUACUAUACAACUUAAACUUAUUAGUGCUCAAAAAUGUUUAGAAACCAUCACCAAUUGGUCAAUUUAUUUCACUCAAGGACUUUAUAUUGAAGAUUGUUAUGGAUUGCAUAAAUUGAAUAGUUUAUUCUCUGCUUCAUCAUUUACUCAAUUAAUUUCAAAUUCAUGA